CAAUUUUCUUCCUCCGUCUUUUCGCUAAAUUUUUCCAAAGAUUCGCCCGCAGGCCGCAGCCCCGCACUUCGAACGAAAGCGGCGAAACCCACCAUCGAUUCGUCCGCUCCCUCCUCCCCUCCCAAACUUAUUCCCCCAAAACUCAAAUCUUGGAAUCCCUUCCCCGCUGCUCGCACCUCGGCUGCAACUUACAAAUACCCAUGGCCACUCCCCUCCCACCACCAUCUCCAACCUCGCUUCCUCGACACGGACCCCCAAUUAAGCCCAACAAGAGCUGCCGCCACUCGUGCCCCCAAUGGCCGCCGGCUGUGGGCCUGACAAGGGGAACGCGCCUCCUGCUCCUUCCGCCACCGCAGCCGGCGUCUUUGUUGCUCGGCGGCACGGCUUUGCUGUUAAAAAGUGCGGGUUCAUGAAGCGGCCGAGCAGGGCGUGGGGGCGGGUGCCGCUCCGGGACAUCACCAAUCUGAUCGCGGCCAGCUCUGCUGCCGCUGAGGCCCCGCUGGGACGGGAGAGCUCGCCGCCACCUGCGGAGUUGGAGAAGCCCGUGGCGGUGUUGCCGCGGGCGGCUGCCUCGGUGACGAUGCAGGAUGGGGUUGCUUCUGGCGCGGCGGGGAAGGCUGGCAGAUACUCGCUCCGGAAGGAGUUCAGAUAGGCGUUGACUAUACGGUAGAAUAGUAGUUGAUGGAAUGGGCCGGCUCCUCGUUUCAUCGUCCAAUUUCUCGUUGGAUCUGAUUGCAUUCGAUUGGAUUGGUUGGUUCGUUGAUUUCCCCUUUUCUGCACUCUUGAUGAUAGGAAAUGAGUUGUUAAGAAAGGAAAAAAAAGAUGAAAAUUGAUAGAUUCAUUUGUUUCACCUUGAUAAUGGUGCGGUGCCGCAUUGUGGUUUGGAAAUUUGAAUCCUGAAAUUCGAGAAUUAUAAUGUUUGAAGAUACUUCUCGUGCCUUCUUUAUGCUGUUC